AUCCCGCAGUGCCGGAAAGUAGUAGAUGAUAUGGCAGCUCGGAGGAACUCGCUUCGAUGAAGACGACUCGUUGGAUUAUGAAGACACUUUGGCGGUGAAAGGGCGACGAGGCAGCUGCCUGGAGAUGAUUUACUUAAUCGUUAUUUCCGCGUUGUCCGGCGCGGUGCUCACCUUGGUGCUCCAGUUGUUGCUGCUGUACCGGAGGUGCCCGGAGCCCAUAAAGAGGACAGAGCAGUACGUCAAAGUAGUGGCCGACAAGGCGUUAAAGGAUUACUUUAAUACUCAACAUGUCGACGCCGGCCAGCAGCAGGACGGCUCGGCCUCGUCACGACCGCCGGAAGCCACUGCCGGCAGCCCCAAACAACAACAACAACAACAACAACACGGCGACUGUGCCGACUCGGACAAAGCCGAAAGCUGCAAUUUCCUCAAUGCCAUCUUCCUGUUCCUGUUCCGGGAGCUGCGGGACACUCCCGUGGUCCGACACUGGCUCACCAAGAAGAUCAAGGUCGAGUUCGAAGAGCUGCUGCAAACCAAGACAGCGGGUCGGCUUCUGGAGGGACUCAGCCUGCGAGACAUUUCCCUCGGAGACUCACUUCCGGUCUUCAAAACAGCCAAACUCAUGAAGCCCGUCCACGUGAACGACGACGGCCUGCCGGAGGAGCUCAACUUCGAGGUGGACAUGGAGUACAAUGGCGGCUUCCACCUGGCCAUCGACGUGGACUUGGUCUUCUGGAAGUCUGCCUACCUGUUCGUCAAGAUGAGGCGGGUGGUCGGGCGACUCAGGCUGCAGUUCACUCGCCUGCCCUUCUCCCAUUGGUCAUUCUCCUUCCUCGACGACCCGCUCGUGGACUUUGAAGUCAAGUCCCAGUUCGAAGGACGACCCCUCCCUCAGCUCACGUCCAUCAUCGUCAACCAACUCAAACGAGUCAUCAAGAAGAAGCACACGCUACCCAACUACAAGAUCAGAUACAAGCCUUUCUUCCCAUUCCAAGUGCAGCCUCCUCUGGGACUUUCUUCUGAUUUGGAACUGUCAGUCCAGGACAGACGGCUGGUGGAGGGCCGACUCAAAGUCAGCCUAAUUGAAAGCAGCAGGCUCUUCAUCCUGGGCUCGUAUGAUAGAGAAACCUACGUUCACUGCACUCUGGAGCUCAGCAGUCACCAGUGGAAGGAGAAGACUCGCAGCUCCAUCAAACGAACGGAGGUUAUCAAGGGACCAUGUGGCAACGUGGGAAUGACGUUCAGGCAUGUGCCAGCCAGUGAGGGCGAUGCGGUACAUGUCAGCAUUGAGACGGUCACGCCCAAUUCCCCUGCAGCUUUGGCAGACCUACAGCGAGGAGAUCGCCUCAUCGCUAUUGGAGGUGUCAAAGUGACUUCGUCAGUUCAAGUGCCCAAACUUCUUAAGCAGGCUGGAGACAGGGUAGUGGUUCUGUACGAGAGGCCAGUUUCCCAUCAGACUGCCUCCCUGGGAAGCUUGGGAACGCCUCAGGAGGGAUCUGGGCAGCUAGAAGAACCAGGUUUCAUAUCCCAUCCAGGGGGGUAUGAAGAAGAUCCAGCCCCCAUCACCACCUUGUCUGACAUAUCUGACAGUAAAGACAUGGACUCUGAGUUUGAAGAGUUGAUUGUCGACUCCAAACCCAGCCAGAAUGUUGGCCCCACUGAUACUAAGGAGGAAGUCUUACUUACAGUAAACCAAAGCCCUAAAAGAACCGUGGCCACCUUGGCUUCUAAACCACUUGGGACCAUAUCACCCAUCCUUAGCCGCAAGCUAAAUCUUGUAGGUCUCCAGUCCCCGCUAAAGCCUCAAACUAAAGAAUCACCAAAGCCUUUACGACAGAAGGCAAACAAUGAUUCAGUAGAUAGUUUACAACGUCCCACUGUACCCCCUCCACCCCCACCUUCCCGUCCCCCAGUGCCUCCAAGACCUCAAAUACGGUUGUCAUCUGUCUGCUCAGAAAACAGUUUUUCUGACAGUGUUGAUUAUGCUAUUAACACUCCUGCCAUUUCUACUGUGACCACUACGAUCUGCGCUUCUGAGAAGUCUGACGAAAAAGCUCCUCUAACUGGAGCUAGUGAGGACACGGCUGUCUUUGAGAAGAUAAGUGUCAAGCAGAUAGAGGCCAAGUCCAACAGGCCAUCAGAGUCAAGUGAUGAGAUUUCGGUCUCAUCCAUCACCAGCAGCAAGGCUGACCAGGCAAAGGACAAAGUUUCAGAGAGUUCCUGCAGCACACGGGACAGUCUAGAAGAUCACUCUCUCUGGGAAUCCCAAGAGACGAUGUUUCGCAAUCAGACAGCACGUUGGCCUAAGGCCUCUGCUGUGUUUGAUGUGGAGAGCAACCAUAAGUACCUUAAUGUGGCCCUUUGGUGUAAAGAUCCCUUUAAACUAGGCAGUUUGUUGUGCCUGGGUCAUGUCAGUCUUCAGCUGGAGCAUGUCGCCCUCGAAUGUAUGGCAACAUCCUCAGCAGAAUAUCAGAGCACGUUCAGGCUUGGGCCUCCGGAACCGAGAGCUAAUGUCAGCCGCACUGCACUACGCAGCCUCAGUGCCCACAAGGGUUUCAAUGAGAAGCUGUGUUAUGGAGACAUCACGCUGAAUUUCUGCUACCUGGCAGGGGAUGAGUUUGACUAUGCUGGGCCGGCUGAGAGAGAGCGAGAAGGCAGUCUCCAUGAUGAUGAGCUAAGGGAGAGGGACCGUAUUGCCACAGCGCCUCGUGAUGACUUGGCCUAUGGCGCCGUGCAGCUGGUCGAGGUGCGCCACAACUUUCAAGACACCCAAUUCCAAAAUCCUACCUGGUGUGAAUACUGCAAAAAGAAGGUGUGGACCAAGGCGGCCUCUCAGUGUAUGAUCUGCGCGUAUGUAUGCCACAAGAAAUGCCAGGAUAAAUGCCUUGCUGAAAAUCCCUUUUGCGUGGCAGCAACAGAACGUCGAGGAGCUGACCCCGAUGCCAAGUUCACCAUUAAUCGGGCCACUGGCUUAACCCGGCAAAUCAUCAACACCAGCUCCCGUCUGCUUAAUCUCCGGCAGGUCCCUAAGACUCGUCUGGUUGAGCAGGUACCUGAUGUGGUACCUGGAGUGGUUGACCCUUCCCCAAAGCAUACUCCCAACACUUCAGACAAUGAGAGCAGCGACACAGAGACCUACACAAGUGGUGCCAGCCCCUCCAAGCAAUCAGCUGGUAGUGGGGGAAGCAGCAAACUUGUCCGCAAGGAAGGCGGUUUGGACGACAGCGUGUUCAUUGCUGUCAAAGAGAUUGGCCGGGACCUCUACCGAGGUUUACCCACAGAUGAGCGUUCCCAAAAACUGGAGCUGAUGCUGGACAAGCUGCAGCAGGAAAUUGAUCAGGAGUUGGAGCACAACAACACUCUUCUGUUGGAAGAGAGAGAGACCGCAGAUCCGAGGCAUAAAGUGCUGAUCAGUUCAGCUCUGUCCAAGUCCGGGGAAAGACUCCAGGCACUCACUCUGCUCAUGAUCCACUACCGUGCAGGCAUUGAGGACUUGGAGUCGGUGGAAAGCACCUCUCCUUCCGAGCAACAAUGUUUUAAGGGCAAAGGCGAUGCACUGGACGACGAGGCCCUGACGGGAGCUGAGGUCUAUGACGGCGACAUCUGCAGCCCAGCAGAGGUCCAAAUGUUGGAUGACAUUACUGAGGAACAGAUCUGUGUGGAAGCUCUUCACUGAACACAACUAGAACGAGACAGAAGAGGAACAAUUUUUGGGGUGUGGUUUGAAAGGGUCUUACCGUCCAUGUGGGUUAUUUUGUGAAAAGGAAAUGCAGGUGGGAUUUGCAUAAAACUGUUGCUGAUGGCUUUUGCACACCUUUUGUGUCCAUGCGUUAAGAUUUGAAAGGGAAGUCCAACACUCGCCUGAGUGUUGCUGGUAUGUUCUUCAAUCAAUUAUGAUCAUUUGAAAUGUCUUUGUAAAAAGUUUGAGUUCUUUUUUUUGUUUAUUGUCAAAGUUAGAUGGACUUCAGCAGAGCACAUGAAAAUCAAAUAUGGUAUAUGAUGCCGUUGUGGUCGGAGGUUUACUUCCAUUGAUCAGGGUAAUGAAAAUCAUUUGACCCCUUAAUGAUUAUUAAAUGUAUUUUUCUGUGUUGGAAAAACUCAAUCUUCAGUGACUUUUAAAAACAAAAAUUGGAUAUACAAAUAAGACACAUAGUCAAAUACAGUAUGUACUGUACAUUAAGUGAUGAGGUUUACCCCGAGCAAAGAAAUUAAUAGUUGAUAAUUGUUUUUUUAUUUUAACUGAGUGAAUUUAAGAAAAAAUAUAUAUUACAUGAAGUUUUUGAAUUGAUUUGUAUUUAUUGAGUGAAAUACUGUAAGUAUUUGAUUCCCUACCAAGCAGCAAGCAGUGUUACCCUACAGAAUGUUUGUGUGUGUGAAACACACAAAUGAGUCCCGUGCCUUUAAGAAAGUACUCCUAAUCUUAACUGAUUUUGUGUAUAAAAUACACAUUCAAACCUCUACACUACUGUGGGAAAGCCCAAAGAGCUGACAUCAGCGACAAGCCUGGAACAAUAAUAGAUAAGAUUUAUAUAACGUUUUUCUAGAUACUCAAAGCGCUUUACAGCAAGAACAGAGAACCCAUCAUUCAGUCUACAUUCACACACUGAUGGUGUUAAACUACUUUUGUGGCCACAGCAGACGGACUGACUGGCUGCCAAUUUGCGUCCCGCCGACCACCACCGAACACACCAAACUUUGACAGCGGCACUGGGAGCAAGGUGGGUGAAGUGUCGUGACCAAGAUAGCGGAAGCAUGAUUCGUACCAGGAACCCACACGUUUCUGGACAGCCGCUCUACCGUCUGAGCCACGCCACCCUUGGGACUACAAGAGCAGCAACAAGAAGUUUGGUGAGAAAGAGAUCACUCUUGGUGUGAUAAUUGAUAGAUUUCAGAAACAGAAGGUUACAAUCAAUCACUCUGGCUCUGGAGCUUCAUGUAAAAGUUCACCUGGAGUCAGAAUGAUUGUGAUAAUAGUGAAGGAGCAUCCCAGAAUUCCAAUGGAGGACAUGAGAUGAUUUUAAUCCAUUUAAAACACUUCCCUUGUGGUCUGGAUAAUAUGUAUUUGUUAUGCUUUGGUGUAAAUUUUGCUCCACAGUCACCUUUUGAACCUGUUUUUGUGAGUUUGUCUGCAUGAUGUUCAUUGGUGGAGGCGUUCCCAGAUUGCAAAUGAAACGAUGCUCCGCCCUCUCCAAAAAUAUCAUAAUUUAUCUUUUGAAAAUGUACACUGUUGGAAUAUACAGUAUAUCUUGAAGACAAACGUUACGACCAUUUUUCUUUCAGACAGUCAAAAAUAAUCUUCAUAACCAUUAUAUAGAUUCACUGGUCACAACAGUAGGUACACCUGCACACUCUCCAAUUGAUUCCGAAAACAGCCAGCAUUUUAGUGUAAAUAUGCGCAUGCGAAGGUUAGAUAAAAAUUAUAAUUAAUUCUACUUUAUCUUGUGUUUUCUCAAACCACGUAAUGUUGCCAUUUUUUUCGCCGGAGUUUAUUACAAUUCGUACUUACUGGUUCAUGUUGACAAAACAGUCCUGUGUAAAGUGUCGGUAAGACAAAUAAGCACAUGCAUUUUUACAGUGAAAACUCCAAAAAUAAGAAUAUCAUGCACAGGUUUAAUUAUUACAAUAAUGAGAUUUACAAGGUGAAACUAAUGUAUGACAUGGGCUCAUACAGUGCAUACACCGCUUCACUUUUUCCACAUUUUGUUAUGUUACAGCCUUAUUCCAAAAUGGAAGAAAAUCAUAUUUUUCCACAAAAUUCUACGGACAAUAGGCCCUUUUCCACCAAAACUUCAGGUACUUUAUAUUCCUGUAAAUUUUUGUUAUUGGAACUAUAGGUUCCUGGAGAGGUGAGUGGCUUGUGUCUCCACCGCAUUUCACGGUUCAGGGUAGUUUAUACAAAUCAGAUGUAUGAGGGAGGGAUUUAGUAUAUUUCUACACUCACACCAUGUAAAAUAAACAGACAAUAUUUGGUCAUAUGUAUUUUACUAAAGUGUUAGAAAAAUGAAGUACAAAGCAAUAAUAUACAUAACGAUAUGAUUUUUUAAUAAAAAAAUAAGUGUACCAUGCCUCUUUUGUCUGCAAUGUUCAACAAUCAGAAAGUCGUCCGCUCAGUAAAUGAUGAAUUCAUGUGGGUCAGGCGAUUCAUUGUGGUACAUUUCAGCUGUAAAUAAAAAUAUGUUUAUCUUACGCCGACAACACAAACACAUCAGAUUUAGCUUUAGCUUGUUAGCAUUAGCAUUAGCAUUCGGUUCACUAGGGUCUAGACUAAUGGCCCAACUAUUUUUAUAACAUGUAAUAAAGUAAAAAGUUUGUAUUUGAUGUGAUUUACAUCCGUUCCACUUGUGUAUUGCCGCCUUUAUUUUACUUUUCUCCUACGACGUCUGCAGCUGAGGUCGCCGCAUUGAGUCUUGCUUUACACUUCAUACUCUUCUGUAAAUACAUUUAAAAGAGGAUGUCCACUACUCGAAGCUUUGCGUAGUAAAAUGAAGUUUGUAAAAAAUAAUAAACCAUAAAACUGCAUGUAGUUUAAAGACUACGGCUGAGUACAAACAGUGUAAGAUAGUUCCACUGAUGAGCGUUCUUCAGCACCACAGAUGCCACACAAAAGUUCCUUCAAGUCGAAAUUUCCUUCCGUUCUUCUUUCUCUACGUUGUCAAGUAUGUUGUCUUAGAAAUACACAACAAAUAAGAAAUAAACAAGUCUUGCAUUCUGUAAUGGCGGUUGUGUGUUCGGGAAAAGUUUUAGGAACGCCCCCAACUGUGUUCAACCAAUCGGCGGUCGACGGCACAGCCCACCCCCGACAAGGUCCUAGGAACCUUUCAAAAGUCCUACAUCCCUGGCAGAAACUAAAAUUAAAAUGAAAAAAAAAAAAAAUCAUAUUGUCAUAAUGGGGUAUUGUGUGUAGACUUUUGAAGACAAAAAAUACGGCUGAAACAUAACACAAUGUGGAAAAAGUGAAGCGCUGUGAAUUCUUUCUGAAUGCACUGUAGCAUGCAACUCAAGAUAUUUCAAGCCUUUUUUAUAUAAUUUUGAACCUUUAGUUAAAAAUUUCCAAAAACUGUAAGCCAAGAUCAUUAAAAUUCUAACAAAUACAGCCUUGACAUAUCUCCUGUAAUGAGUUUAUAUCUUAUAUUCAUUUUAUAUUUGAAGUUGAAUAUGGACUUUUGCACAACACUUUAAUUUUUGGAGUUUCACUUGUAAUCCGUAAACAUCAGAGAAGGCGGGAGGGCAUGAAACAGUAAGGAAUAAGGCAGGCAUCAGUUUUGCUGCGGAGCAGAAUGGAGGGGCCGGCAGACAACAUACUGUACAUUCGAAUGCCCACAUAAGUAUUGUGAUCCCGUUCAAUAAAAACAGAGGCAACAACUGGAAUGAAGAGGCGAAUGUUUAUUUGCUUCACGAAUUAAAAGAACAGAAUAUUUUGAAGUGCAUCAAUAGUGGGGAAUAGAAACAGAGAUUUAUUUAAGAAGGUAGUAAAGAAAAUUGUGAAUACCUGCUUCAUUUGGACUCCAGAAGAAAUAUGAAUGAGAUCACGGAAUAGAAAUAAUCAGGUAUUGUAUAGGCAAAGAACAAAGUGUACACAAACCUCUUUGUGAUGCAUUUGUGGUCUUCAAACUGAUUAGCAAUAAAUCUGUAUUGCACACAAUUGGCAAGCUUGUACAAAACAAUAGAGGGCUUUGGCCUUAUUUCCCACAAUUCACUGCCGGUAGCCAUGUUGGAAGGCUUUGUUUGAAAACAAGCUCAUUGUUGUUGCUCAUUCAUCCAGUGAUACUCAUAAUGCCGACGACAUGUGCUAUUGUCAACUGCCCAAUCGAGUUGGGAGAGAUAAAAAUUGGUUUUUAACGCAAUUUUAAGGUUUUUCUGGACGGGGAAGUGGCUGAAAAGAAGAGUAAACGGCAAAGGCGAGCAUGGAUCUAAUGUGAUGUGCUAUGAACAACUGUUUGUUCGGAUUAUUUCAUUAAAGGUAAGCUAUGAAUAAACCAGGUCCCCACUCUGGAGCCAGGCCCAGGUCAGGGGCUCGUCAGAGAGCGCCUGGUGGCCGGGACUUCCUCCACAGAGCCUGGCCGAGCGCAGCCCGAAAGAGAGACGUGGAACCACACCGCCGCAGACCCACCACCUGCAGGGGAGUCCAUGAGAGUGCAAUGCUAUGUGGACUGGGUUGCAGUCAAAGGCAAAUGCCCUGGCGAAUGCUCCGACAACCCGGUUAUCAGUUGAGAGGGGUUGGACUUUGCUCAAUGCUGGAGUUGCCGUGGGGGAUAGGCGGCAAGCAUGUGUGGGCUUAUUUUUUGCUCCCCGACUUGGCCCAUGUGUGUUAGUCAGCCACGGUGAACAAGAGGAUUAUUUCCCUGCACCUUUGGGUCGAGGGACGAGCUCUGACUGUGGUUUGCACGUAUGCACUGAAUGGCAGUUCGGAGUACUGCCAUUCCUCGGCCUCGGCAGCACUCCCUCAAGGGCCUUCUCGGGGGCCCUUGAGGGAGUGCUGCAAGGCGUCACCCCUGGGGACUCUGUUGUUCUACUGGGUGAUUGCAACUCCCAUGUUGGGAGCAACAGUGAAACCUGGAGGGGCAUAAUUGGGAGGAAUGGCCUUUCUGAUCUGAAUCAGAGUGGUGUUAUAUUAUUGGAUUUCUGUGCUAGCCACAGUUUGUCCAUAACAAACACUAUUUUCAAGCAUAAGAGUGCCCACAAGUGCACGUGGCACCAGCACACACUAGGUCACAGGUCAUUGAUCGACUUUAUAGUCAUUUCAUCAGACAAGUGGCCGCAUGUCUUGGACACUCUGGUGAAGAGAGGGGCUGAGCUGUCAACUGAUCACCACCUGGUGGUGAGUUGGAUCAGCGAGCGGGGGAGUAUGCCGGACAGAUCUGGCAGGCCCAAACGUUCAGUGAGGGUAAGCUGCAAACAUUUGUCAGAGGCUCCCGUCUGCCAGAUCUUUAAUUCACACCUCUAACAGGGCUUCAACUGCAUUCUGAACGAGGUAGGGGACAUUGAGUCCAAAUGGGUGUGUUCUGUACCUUUAUUGCUGGUACUGCUGUUCGGAGCUGUGGUCGCAAAGCGGUUGGUGCCUGUCAUGGCGGCAACCCCCGAACCCAAUGGUGGACUCCAGAGGUAAAGAGGGCCAUCAAGCUGAAGAAGGAUUCCUACCAAGCAUGGCUCGCCUGUGGGACCCCCGAAGCAGCUGACAGGUAUGGACAGGCCAAGCAAGCCGUGGUCUCACCCAAAACUCGGGCAUCGGAGGAGUUCGGGGAGACCAUGGAACACGAUUUUCGGUCGGCCUAAAAGAGAUUCUGGCGAACCAUCCGACGCCUCAGUAGAGGGAAUCAGAGCUCUGUCCACACUGUGUAUACUGGGGUCGGCAACCUGCUGACCAUUACUUGGGAUAUAGAAUCUCCUUAAUCCUACAGAUACACCCUCCGUGGAGGAGGCAGAGUCUGAGGUCACAAACGGCGACAUGUCCAUCACUGGAGCCGAAGUUGCGGAGGUAAUCAAAAAACUGCCCAGGGAGAGGAUAAGAUUCGCCCCGAAUACCUUACGGCUCUGGAUGUUGUGGCACUUUCGUGGCUGACAUGUCUCUUCAACAUAGCGUGGAAGUCUGGGGCGGUGCCUCUGGAUUGGCAUAACAGGGUAGUGAUCCCCCUUUUCAAGAAAGGGGACCGGAGGUGUGUUCCAUACCAAAGACUAUAAAAAUGGGACCCAUAACCUCCCUGCUUGGCACUCAGCAACAAAGGGUUGGAGUUGGGGGUUAAAUCACCAAAAUGAUUCCCGGGUGCGGCGCCGCUGCUGCCCACUGCUUCCCAAGGGGAUGGGACAAAUGCAGAGGACAAAUUUCACCACAUCUAGUGUGUGUGUGACAAUCAUUGGUACUUUAAUCUUUAAUCUUUAAUUAUAGCGGGAUCACACUUCUCAGCCUUCCAUGAUAUGUCUAUUCCAGGGUGCUGGAGAGGAGAGUCCGGCCAUUAAUCAAUCCUCGGAUUCAGAAGGAACAAUAUGUCGUGGAACAUGGGACCAGAUUUAUAUGCUUGCUAAGAUACUGGAGGGGGCAUGGGAGUGUGUUUUGAGGAUUUGGAAAAAGCAUUCAUUUGUGUCCCUUGCGGUGUCCUGUAGGGGGUUCUCCAGGAGUACAGGGGCCAGCGUCCGUUGUUUCGGGCUAUUCGGUCCCUGUACAAUCGUAGCAGGAUUAUGGUUCGCAGUGGCGGUAGUAAAUCAGACAUGUUCCCAGUAGACGUUGGACUCCGUCAGGGCUGCACUUUGUCACCGGUCCUGUUUAUUAUCUUAAUGUACAAAAUUUCUAGGCACAGUCAGGAUGUGGAAAAUUUCCAGUUUGGUGGCCAGAGGAUCACAUUUUGGCAGAUGAUGUGGUCCUGUUGGCUUCAUCAGGACCUUCAGUAUUCACUGGGUCGGUUUUCAGCCGAGUGUGAAGCUGCUGGGAUGAGGAUAAGCACCUCCGAAUCUGAGGCCAUGGUUCUUAGUCGGGAGUGAAGUUCUGCCUCAAGUGGAGGAGUUCAACUAUCUCAAGGUCUUGCUCACGAGUUAGGGAAGAAUGUAAUGUGAGAUUGAGAGACGGAUUUGUGCAGCGUUGGCAAGGAUGCAGUCACUGUACCGGUCUGUUGCGGUGAAGAGGGAGCUGAGCCAGAAGGCGAAGCUUUCGAUUUACUGGUCAGUCUAUGUUCCCACCCUCACGUAUAGUCACAAGCUUUGGGUAGGUCGAGAAUACAAGCUGUAGAAAUAAGUUUCUUACGCAGGAUGUCUGGGAUUACCCUUAGAGAUAGGGUGAGGAGCUCGGUCAUCCGGGACAGGCUCAGAGGAGAGCCGCUGCUCCUUCAUGUUGAGGAGCCAACUGUGGUGGCUUGAGCAUCUACGACCGAUGCCUCCUGUACGCCUCUCUGGUGAGGUGUUUCGGGCAUGUCCACCCGGGAAGAGGCCUCGGGGCAGACUUAGGACACGCCGGAGGGGCUAUGUCUCAUAGCUGACCUGGGAAUGCCUCGGUGUCCCCCCUUUUGAACCAGAGGUGGCCGGGGAGAGGGAAGUCUGUGCAUCAUUACUUCAACUGCUACCUGGACUCGAAUAAUCUAAUGACUCUGAUUAUUUCUCCAUCGUACCAAAGCUGGUUCAAUGUCAUUUUCCACUGAAUACUUUGGAAAUAUCACGCAUGCAUUACGUAGCGCUAUCGUUAACAAUGACUUACCUAAACAAAGCCUUCCAAUACGGCCGCUGGCAAUGCAUUGUGGGCUAGUAUAGCAAAAAAGAUGAAGCCGUCUAUGGUAACCCUUAUUUGAAGUAGUACCGGAGCACCAUCGGUCUUAUCGGAUUUAAAACUCCUCUCAUCAAUCCACAGAUUGUGUUGAAUGAACUUUGUGACAUUUGAUAGUUUUCUUUCCAUUCUCCGUCCGAAAGUUCCUUCAAAACCUCGAUAAUUUAUUGAUGCUGUCUGCUAUUUGCCAUCAGCACAGCCAUUAGAGGCGUAAUAUUUGCCAAUAUUACAGCGGGCAUCAUGUGCAACAAAAACUCGGGUGUUGAUGACCGAGUAACAACAAAAAUGCCUUGUUUUGGUGGGACGUUGUAGGUCAACCUCAAAAGCAACUCAUUAAUCAAAGCUAAAAGGAAAUAAGCGCCCCCAGUGUACGGGAGGCACACUACGUAUGACCAAUAGUCACAUCAGAGAGUGUGCACGGACACUGGGACUGAACAUGUCGGUGUGAAAAUAUAAAAAAAGGAACUAUUUGAGAAGUCAGAUUAAUUUUUUGCAUGGAAACAUAGUCACUGUAUCCUAACUGUGUGUGUUCAUACACAGUGUGGCGCCGCUCCCCUAAAUUAAUAAUCAUCACCAGGACGAGGCUGACAAUGUUACAUACCGAGUAAGAACAAGCAGGAGCAGACAAGAAGGCAUGCUAAUUGCUGAGGUAGCUGCUAAACUACUUUGAAACAACUGAAUAAAUAAGUUUAAGAUGUUUAGAAGGUAGCGUGUUACAGCAGAAAGUAAGCAGUUAUUAACAAGUAAAUGAAUUAAGUUACACAGAGGAUAACGCCACUUAUUUCCUUCCAUCUGAGGCCAACAGUGUGAGUCUUCUUCCAGACUUUGACAAAGUGCUGACACAUCGAAAUCACUUGUUUGAGAAGAUGUUUUUGGAAUUUUCUGUUAUUUAGAAAUGUUUCCAAAAGACCUUCUGUAACUCUUACAAUCCUCCUUUUAAGUGCUUGUCGAUCCAGUGGUUUUCAACAAGCAGCUGCAGUCAAUCAUGACCACUAAUGAUAAGUUCAAAGGAUUUGUCAACUUAAAAUAUAUUCUGGAACCUCCAAGACCAAUCAUAAUAGGAUUUAAGGGACUUUGUGUACUGUAAAUAUUUAAAUAAUGUGUGUAUAAUUCACACCUUGUGUAAAUUAGAUCAAGUCCAAAAUAAAUUCCAAAUAGGAUCAAAUGGAUGGAUGCCCACAGUUCAGUGAAAAUAUACGUUUUUUUUAACAUUAUGAACGUUAAUGCCUGAGAUGAAAGUAUGUCCAUUUCAUCAGUUAUGUCAUGUGUGUGAAGGGAUGGGCACCAAGUUCGGUACUUUUGUAGGUACCGACUAAAUUCUGUCGGUAGUACCGAGUGCCAGUUCACGUUAAAUCAAACGGUUCAAUAUUUCAAUACCUUUGUUGCACCUGAUGUCACGUCCAGGCGCAGACUCAGCAUCGACUUGUUCGUUGUAUAUUUUGGGGUCCAUGUAGGGAUCUUCCGAUCAUUCUUUUUUCAAUAUAAAAUCGACACUCAAAAAACGGAAAUAUGAAAAUUAUUCGGUAUUCGUUUUUUCAUUUUACGUCUGGAAACAAAUAUUGGAAAAAUAUAUAUAUAUAUUUUUUUUAGUUUUGGUUUUGUUAUGAAUAACGAAUGAACGGAAGGUCGAGAGUAAGGCUGCACUUUUCAAAAUGCGCUCGCUCUAUGCUAAUAUACUUUGUAUACGCCAUAUACAUGCUACUGUAUAGCAUUAGUGAUUUUACAUGGCCAUUUCAACAACCUCCAAGUUUGGUAAUGAAAACUACAAACAGGAUGCACGUUACAAUCAAACAGCUGGUGUGUAGUAGGUCCGUGUACGUCGCGGCCAUUCGUUUUUAUGGUUGGAAUAGAACAAUAGUUUAACAUGAAAAUCUACUUUUCACGUUUUUUGAUUUGGUAAUAAAAAAUCA